AAAGAGGAGAAAUUGGAUUUCUCGGGUCUCAAUGUCGAUGGGCUGCGCGGCAUCCUAAGCGAGCAUUAUAAGAAAAAGCAAGUGUGUGCAAAAGGUCAGGAAAUCCGUAUCAUGACUAACUACGGCGAAUUAAAGCCAUUUGAUGGGGAGAAGUUCGAGGUUUUCCAUCAACAACUCGAUUCAUUUAUAAAUUUGAAUGACAUUAAAGAAGACAAAAAAGUAUCCCUGUUAAUAACAAAGUUAUCACCACGGACAUUUGAAACACUUACGCAUUUGUGUGCUCCGGCGAAACCUAAUACCCUAUCUUAUCAAGAGCUGUGUGACAAAUUAGAAAACAAAUAUGUGAAAACAACAUCAACUGUUUUGGAAAGAGCAAAGUUUCGACAAAGAAAUCAACAGCAAAAUGAAUCAGUAGAGGAUUAUAUUUUGGAACUUAAAAAGUUAGCUGGAAAAUGCCAGUUCAAAGACGUUGAUGAUCAAAUAAUGGAAAAGUUCAUUGACGGAGUAUCUUCGAAGAUGAUCAAAUUCGAGCUUAUGAAAACAGGAGAGCUGAAAUUAGAAACCUGUAUUCAGGUGGCACAGGCGGUGGAGGCUGCAUUAGUACAAUGUGGAAGUGUGGAGACACAGCCAGUCACAGACAUCUUUUACAAUCAGGAUAACAGGAAAGCUUGGAAAAAUAAGAAACCUACAAAUAAACCUUCAAUUAAUAAUAACAAUAAGCAGAAUGGUAGCCAAUGCUUUUGCUGCGGGAAAUCAAACCAUUUAAAACAUGAAUGUACUUUAAGGAAGAAGUACUGCUCCGAAUGCGGACAACAAGGCCAUAUAUUCAGAAUGUGCCCAAGAAGGCAGAGACAAACUAAUGUAGUUGAAACCGAAACUGUUGAAGAUCAGAGAAAUGAUGUGGAGUUGGAACCAAAUCCUUAUAAUGAAUAUGAAACUUAUUCAUUCAGAAGUAUGCCCGACAAGAAAUAAAAAACCAGUUCGCAGAUGUAUUCACCCCAGGGUGGGGUAAUUUUAAAGGAGACCAAAUAGCACUCAAAUUAAAACCAGAUGCAAAACCGAAGUGUCUACCUGUACGACGGGUCCCAUUCGCGCUGCGAGACAAGGUAAAUAAUGAGGUACAAAGAUUAUUAAAAAAUGGCAGAAUAUCAGUAGUUGAGCAGAGUGAAUGGGGAACCCCUGUGGUACCAAUCCUAAAACCAGAUGGUUCAGUGAGGCUUUGUGGUGAUUAUAAAUUAACAGUAAAUAAUUGUUUAGAAGUGGAUCACUUUCCCCUACCGCAUGUGGAGGAUAUUCUAAAUACAUUACAAAAGGGUGAAUACUACUGCGAACUAGAUUUAAAAGAGGCAUACUUACAAGCACCGCUUAGUCCUGAAAGUCAGGAUUGUACAACUAUUAUCACAGAAGUAGGGACAUAUAAAUAUAACUAUCUUCCGUAUGGUGUGAGUUCUGGGCCUGGAGCUUUCCAGCGGUUAAUGUUUAAAAAACUAAAAGACAUACCAAAUACUGUUGUAUUUAUAGAUAAUAUUUAUAUAAAAGGCGAUAAUUUACAAGACACUCGAGAAACAUUAUGCAAAGUGCUAAAAAAAUUAAGAGAAUGUGAAUUUAAAUUAAAGCCAGAAAAAUGUAAAUUAUUUGUAACAAGCUUGGAAGUUUUUGGAUACUGUGUUGAUAAAAAUGGUGUUAGUAUUAUUCCAUCAAAUAUUGAACCACUCUUAAAUACCAAAACUCCUACUAACUUAACUUUGCUGAAGUCCUUUUUAGGCAAGAUAAAUUAUUAUAACCGUUUCUUAAAAGAUAUGGCGAAAAUAAUAACACCAUUGUAUGAAUGUACUAAAAAAAAUAGAUUUAAUUGGACAACUGAGUGUGAAGAGGCUUUUCAGCUAAUAAAAAAGAGGUUGGCAUCGGCGGAAAAUUUGAGACAUUACAACCCA